CUGUUACAGUUCUGUCGGACGGAUCAUCGUUGAAAGUUGCCAAAUUCGAAAUGUCUUUGAAGCUGAUCUCCUGCCUUUUUGUGCUCACCCUGGCUGCCAUCGCCUGCAAGGGGCAGCCCCAAUACAAUCCCUACCUGCGCAACCCCUACUACAGGGAUCUGUACUACAGGAAUCGGGAUCUCUACAAUCUUCGCCGUUUCUACGAUGGCUUCUAUAGGAAGUACAAUCCCUACAUCGCCGCUGCACAGGCUAGGAUUGUGGAGCAAAACAAUGAUGUGAACUACGGAACGGGUUCCUAUUCCUACAACUAUGAGACGGAGAAUGGCAUCCAUGGCGAGGAGCGAGGAGUGCCAGUGAGCAUUGGCAACCAGCAGCAGGAGGAGCAAGUGGAGGGUGCCUACUCUUUCAUCACUCCUGAGGGUCUCCGAGUGGGAGUCAAGUACGUGGCUGAUGCCAAUGGCUUCCGUCCCGUGAUCACCUAUGAUGGUGUGAACUCCGCUUUUUAUGCCGGUCAGCCAGCGCCAGCCAAUGUGGUCUAUAAGAAACACUAACUAACCUAAUAAAUUUUGUGUGUUCAACCAUCCUAAAUUAAAUUAUCCAAAAUUUCGAGAAA